AUGGGAAAAGUAGCAAAUGUGAGAAUUAGGUAAUUUGUUAUUGAAAAUGAGGAUAAAAAUGCUAUUGCAACUUAAAAUCUCUAUGCAAAGUUGAUUAUGAGAUAUGAUUAGGAUUUAUUGAGCAAUCCUCACAUGCAGGUUAAAAUUAUUAUAAGUGAGUUAAGAAUGCUAAAAAAUAAAGCAUCACAACUUAAGAAUUUACUAAAUGCUAGAAGGUACGAUGUACCCAGAGUUUUUAGUUAUCUUCAAAAAGGAUACUAAGUUAACUUUAACACAAAAUUUGAGAGUAUCACGGCUUUGCUUAUUAAUAUCUCUACUGUACUACUUCAGGAAUUUGCUAAAGAUCCUUCUGGAAUAGGCAUUCCAGAAAUAAGUUAUGUAACUGAAGAUAUAAGCUAAAUUGAAGAUGAAACAUAAGCAUUUCUAGAGGAUUUAGAUGUUUACAUUUUGGUAUUAAAAUACUUUAGUGUUGCAACUGAUGUUUACAUUAUACUAUCUUGCGAUUUCGAGAGAGAUUUACCUACUCUAUCUUAAAUUACAAAUAUGGUACGCCAAAUGGCUAAGGCUAGAUACUUGUGCUCUGAAGUGAUGUCUAUAUACAAAGAGCUAUCAAAUUGUUAUGAUAAAAAAAUUGAAAGAAUUUAGGUAUUGUAGGAUCAAGUAGAAAAUAAGGACUCUUUACGAAUGACUUAUCAUUAGCUUUCAACUCGAGUAGAUCAUCAUGUAAGAGUAUACUUAUCACCUGCAUAGAAAGAGGAGAUCGAGCGGAAGAAAAUAGAUUCUUAAAAUAGAACUCCAGUCUAGUAAAAAUCUAAUCCUAAUUCAAAAUCCCCUAAAAAUUUAAGAAAAGCAAUUGAAAGUAUGAAAAAGAAAAAAGAAUUAGAUACUAGGAGAGAGAAUUUCUUACAAAUUCAAAUUGAAAAAAACAAAUAAAGAAAGAACUCAUUGCUUAAAAGGCUAUAAGAGGAAAUGGGUAGAUUCAAAUUGGACAUUGAGGAGGCUUUUGGUUAAGAUAGAAAACUAUGCAAGAAAAAUAUAACCUAAAGAACUAAAUAUCUUAUAGAGAAAUUUUAGUCAAAGAAGCAAAAAAAGGAUAAAGACUUUUACACUAAGAUCUUGAGAAGUGCAAGGGAUUAAGCAUAAGCUGUUAGACUUGACUAUGAAAUAGAUGAAGAUAAGAAAAAAAAUAAUGCAAUCGCGGAGGAAAGUAAAUACUAUGAGGCUUUACAUAAGUUAAAGUUUGAUGCGAACUCUAAUAGCAUGCUGAAUUGUAAUAAUUAGGCAUUGAAUAAAAUGAAGUAUAAUAUAAUGCAUGGGAACAAAGGAAUUGAAAAAGCAAUGAGUACAGCUAGUAAAAUAUGUAGAAGUAAUUUACUUAAAGUUGGUCUGCAAUACUUGUAAGAUGAUAUUGACAAACAGAAGAAGGAAAUAAGUAAGAAGAAAAUGCUUUGA